AGAACAUCUAUAUACUUUCUUCUUUAGACACAUACACAUACACACACACACACACACACACACACACACACACACGCAUACAUACAUACAUACAUACAUACAUACAUACAUACAUACAUAUAGAUAUACAUACAGAUAUACAAUCAUGAAAGAGAAAACAGAAGAUAAUAAUGAACAACCUGAUUACCUUCGUAUGGUUUUAACUGCUAGAGUUUAUGAUAUUAUUAAAGAGACUCCACUUCAAGAAGCUGUUAACUUGAACUCAAAGCUUGAUAGCAAAAUCUUUUUAAAACGAGAAGAUCUUCAUCCAGUCUUUUCAUUCAAGAUUCGUGGUGCUUAUAAUAGAUUAGCUCAUCUAACAGAAGAAGAGAAAAAGAGAGGUGUUAUUGCUUGUUCGGCUGGUAAUCAUGCACAAGGUGUAGCUAUCUCUGCUCAAAAGUUAGGUAUUAAAGCUAAAAUUGUUAUGCCUGUUCCUACUCCUGCCAUUAAGUGGCGUAAUGUUCAACGAUUAGGAGCCGAAGUUGUCUUGUUUGGUAAUGAUUUUGAUGAAGCGAAAAAGGAAUGUGCACGAUUAACUCUUGAAGAAGGACUUAAAGAUAUUCCACCCUUUGAUGAUCCUUAUGUUAUUGCUGGUCAAGGUACGAUUGGUAUGGAAAUCCUUCGACAAUAUAAUGUGAAUGAGAUCUCUAGCAUCUUUAUACCUAUCGGUGGUGGAGGAUUAAUCGCUGGUAUUGGCUCUUAUGUCAAACGUAUUGCUCCUCAUAUUAAAAUCAUAGGUGUUGAAACAUCAGAUGCUUGUGCUAUGAAGGAAAGUUUGGAUGUAAAUCAUCGAGUUCUUCUAAAUGAGGUAGGGUUAUUUGCAGAUGGUGCAGCCGUACGUAUGGUGGGUGAAGAAAAUUGGAGACUUGCCAAAGAUUUGAUUGAUGAAGUCAUUCUUGUUGAUAAUGAUGAAGUAUGUGCAGCUAUCAAAGAUAUAUUUGAAGAUACUCGCUCAGUAUGUGAACCUACAGGUGCACUUUCUUUAGCAGCUAUCAAGAAAUAUAUUCAACUUAAUCCUAAAACUAAAAAAGAUGUUCAUGUGGCUAUCGUUUCAGGUGCUAAUGUCAACUUUGACCGUCUUCGAUUCAUUGCUGAAAGAGCUGAACUAGGUGAACAAACAGAGGCGUUUUGUACGGUUGUUAUUCCUGAAAGACCAGGCAGUUUUAUCCGUAUGAUCGAUCAAGUGAAUCCACGGGCUGUCACUGAAUUUUCUUAUCGAUAUAAUGACCCUGAUAAAGCCCACAUCUAUAUCUCUUUCAAGGUCACGAAUCGAGAAAGAGAAGUGAGAGAGGUGAUAGAAGGAUGGCGUAAGGAAGGCAUGGAAGGUGUUGAUGUAAGUGAUAACGAGUUGGCAAAAUGUCAUGCACGCUAUAUGGUGGGUGGAAGUCGACCGAUGAAUGAACGUGUGUUUAGAUUUAUAUUUCCAGAACGACCUGGUGCUUUGACAAAGUUCUUGGUUGAAAUGAAUUCUUCUUGGAACGUGUCAUUAUUUCAUUAUCGUAAUCAUGGUGAUGGUAAGUAACAUUCAUUAUUAUAAUCAUCAUAGGCCAAUCUAUUGAUAUUUUUUUUUUAUUCAUUUAUUUAUUUAUUUUAGAUAUGGGUAAAGUUUUUGUAGGUAUUCAAGUUCCUCCUGAAGAUACAGACCAAUUUAAUGAAUAUUUAACCAAGCUUGGAUAUCAAUAUAAAGAAGAAACAGACAACGUUGUUUAUAAAUCAUUCUUAUGUUAAUUACAGUUAAAUAAAAAUAAAUAAAUAAAUUAUAGAACUAUUGUACAUAAUAAUA